AUCGAGAGGGAAGCUGUAUCGAACGAGAGAGAGGGCCGUCAACCAACGACCGGCGGCAGCAAGCAGACGUCGCGUGGUCGUUGGUUGCGUGCGUGGCUCGAGACCGCCUUGGCCGUCGCUGCGAGAGCCUUCUACAGUGUUGCGCGACGAGCGCGGCUCUGCCUACAAUGGCAGCUGGUUUGUGCCAAGUCUGCUAAGCCACACCGAGCGCGCCCGGAGCUGUGUGCGACGUUGGUUGGUUGCAGCCGCGCUGACACGUAAGGGAGCAACUGGAAGUCCAAAAAUUGGAAGAUGACUAGCUUGGCAAGAACCUAUGCUGGAACCAAUGAGAGCGGCAAGUCCACUGUCAACGGAACGCUGGCCAAUGGACACAGGGGUGUGGCUGCACGGCCGGCAGAAAUGGUUGAUGUCCCUGGUGACGAAGGCGAUAGCAACGGCAAGGUUACGCUGGUGAUUCAUAAGUACGAGACGCCCCCUGGUGCCGAAAAGCAGCAUGUUGUACCGACCGAAGACUUGGAGAGAUACGUCACCGCCAUGAAAGAGUCCGGGGGCUUCAAGGAACAACUCGCGACCCUCAAGACUGGCCAGCAGAAGCCAUGGACGGUUGCCCAGAAGCCGGAGAAUAAGCACAAGAACCGAUACGCUGACCUUCUGCCGUACGAUGACACGCGUGUGAUCCUGUAUCCACUCAAGAACGACCCCUCUUCGGACUACAUAAACGCAAACUACAUAAACGGUUACCGCAAGCCCAAGGCCUACAUCUGUACUCAAGAGACAAGAACGAAUGGCACUGCCUUUAUAUCAUUAUCACUUUCGGAAAGCAAAACCGACGCAGAAAGAAAGAAAAUAUUAGGAGCCAUUCCACUCUGUGAAGAUGGAUCACGAGGCCCAGUGGAGAAGACAGUGCAAGACUUCUGGCGCAUGGUGUGGCAAGAGGAAAUCUGCAAGUUUAUUAUGGCUGCCAACUUGGUGGAAGACGGAAAGCCGAUCAGGAUAACCACGGGCAUCUCACGCAAGGUUGAGCGGUACUGGCCUGAGACCUGCAGCAAGUAUGGCGACAUCAUGGUGACGCUGGUGUCCGAGGAGGUGUUCGUCGACUACAGCAUCCGGACCUUCAAAGUCCACAAGUCUGGCGCGGCGUCCAAGCGUGUGGUGAAGCAGUUUCACUUCACGGCGUGGCCCGACCACGGCGUGCCGGCCCACCCGCUGUCGCUGGUCGAGAUGAUCGAGCUCGCCAAGGCACACGCGCCAUCCAGCAAGGCGCCGCUCCUUCUACACUGCAGCGCUGGCGUCGGCCGCACGGGCACCAUCGUCCUGAUGGAGGCGGCGCUCGACAUGGCGCGGGCCGAGAAGCGUGUCGACGUUAUGGGCCUGCUGUACAAGCUGCGCCAGCAGAGAGUCAACCUCGUCGAGACGGCGGAGCAGUACGAGUUUGUGCACGUGGCGCUUCUGGAGCGGCUGUUCGGUGAACCCACGAGGCAGCCCCGAGGCAGUCUGGCUGCUUACUUCAACCGCCUCCAGUUGGAGAAGGCUGGCGGAACGACGGAUCUCGAACGGCAGUACGAGAAAUUGAAGCAGCUGUCGCCUCCUCUGCCAUCCGAGAAAUGCAAGUUCGCACUCAUCAACGAGAACCGUCUCAAGAACAGGUCGAUUGAAAUACUGCCCGAUGAAGACGGCCGACCAAUUCUGGGGGCAGGAGCAUCGUCCGUCUACGUCAACGCCGUCUACACCAACGGCUACGCGAGCAAGAGGACGUAUAUCGUGACGCAGUAUCCGCUGAUCAUCACAGUGGAGGACUUCUGGCAGCUCGUCUACGACUCCGGGUCGCAGACAAUCGUGCUUCUCAACGAUGUCGAUGCCAAGGAUGAGACGUGCCCGGUGUUCUGGCCACAUACUGGGAGCAUGCACCACCGGCACUUGCGCGUUGAUCACGUCUCCACCGAUGUCGUCACCGGUGGAGUUCUCCAGCGGAGGUUCAAGCUCAGGAACACAGCCAAGUCUCCCAAGUCCCGGCUUUUGAAGCAGUUCCAUCUCCAGGGCUGGCGCAAGGGCGAUGUCGCCCCGCCAUCCGUAGACCUCCUGGUGCGACUCCUCGGCAAAGUGGAGCGCUGGCAGCGGAAGUGCACACCCGAGAAGCCCACCGUGGUCGCAUGCUUCAACGGAGCCACCGCGUCGGGCCUCUUCUGCGCAGCGUCCUUCCUGUCAGAUCAGCUGAAGGCCGAGCGGCACGCCGACAUCCUCAUGGCGGCCCGCACAGUGCGACAGCACAGGCCCACAUUCCUGCCUUGCCUGAACCAGUACCGCUUACUCUACGAAGUGGCCUGCGCAUUGGCUACUCCCAAGCACAGCAAGCUUCGCUGAUUCAACAAGGUGGAGGUCCCUUCGCCGACAUCCAUUCCGUCCCGUGCGAUGGCCGCCCCCUUAGAACCCCGAUUGUUCGACGCUACAAAUAU